CAGCCUCAACGAUUGCGCCUGCCAGGCGACCCUGAGACAACAUUAUCGCACGUCACUCGCCUUCCCCACGUUUCCUUUCUUCGCGCCGUAUCACUCGUAUUAAUACACGUUCACUCGCUGUUUCACUUCUGAGCUGCGCGCUCACGGGUCCCAAUCUUAUCGUGGCUGUGAUCGUCCUUUGAAGACUCACUGCCCGCGCAUUUCCGCCCACGACUCUACAAUGUUCUGUCUUCGCAGCUGGAUACCCGUGCUCUUCUUUCUGCUACGCACAAAUGCAUCGCCCGUCUACCUGGUCCUCUUCAUCUCCGCAACAUACUUCCUCAACCGGCCCUGCGUCUACUGCUCGUUACUCCUCUUCAUCCUCGUCGUUGCGCUGUUCGACUUCCACACGCCCUGGUUCGAUCCGCCGCUCCCCGACACAGCCGGGCUGGCGCUGAACGAGACAACGCCGCUCAUGGAGACAGCCAGCGUGCUCGCGCAGGCGGCUGCGAACACGGCACAGGAGGUCGUCAAGGGCGCAGUCGACGGAGUAAGAGGGAAGGCGAGUCCGGGCGCAAUGAAUGAGUGGGUUAAGGGGCUGCUGGGGAAGAAGGAGUGGAGGAUACAGUGUCUGGACGUCUUGAUCCGGAUCUAGGAACACAAGGAGAGCAUAGGACGGACGAGGAGCAACGGCAUCUACGGCGCUCCGAAAGUCUUGCUGUAUUGGAGCCUGUUAUAAUGACACUGCAUUAUUGCAUGGGAGGCGCUCGGCUUUGUGGCAUUUGCAUGGCGUCACGUUGUCUACUAUCUUCAAGACUUAAGCGAGAACAUAGCAUGGCCUAUAGAUCAAGCGAUCUAUACACUCAUGGUGCCGAAUCGGAGUUGUGUAGUGCUAAUCAUUCAUGAUCACAGGCGCUUUUGAGCUCAUACUGAACAUAUACUGCACCAGUAGCUUUGCGUUCCGGUCGAUGUACUCUGGGCUGGUAUCGAUAAGCCUACGUAAAGUUUCUUUUUACUAUCCACAG